CGGCGCCGCCCCCUCGGCGCUUCGCGAGGCCCUCGAGCUCCCGGGCCCCGCCGCGGAGCCGCCGGAGCCGCCUGGGCCGCGCCGGAGGAGGGCGGGGAGAGGACCAUGUGAAUGUGCUCCGGAGCCGAGCGCCACGCCACGCAGUGUUUGGAAAGAACAGGAUGCUGAUCUAGACGUGGAAAAAAGUCAGUCCAACCGGUGGUUUAGAAGACAUGUGGUGUAUAUAAAGUUUGUGAUAGUUGGUGGAAAUUUGGGAGUUUGGAUAAUGGGCUGUGUGCAAUGUAAGGAUAAAGAAGCUGCAAAACUGACCGAGGAGAGGGACGGCAGCCUGAACCAGAGCUCCGGGUACCGCUAUGGCACAGACCCCACCCCUCAGCACUACCCCAGCUUCGGCGUGACCUCCAUCCCAAACUACAACAACUUCCACGCAGCCGGGGGCCAGGGACUCACCGUCUUUGGGGGUGUGAACUCUUCCUCUCACACUGGGACCCUGCGGACGAGGGGAGGGACAGGAGUGACACUGUUUGUGGCCCUUUAUGACUAUGAAGCACGGACGGAAGAUGACCUGAGUUUUCAUAAAGGAGAAAAAUUUCAGAUAUUGAACAGCUCGGAAGGAGACUGGUGGGAAGCCCGCUCCUUGACAACGGGGGAAACUGGUUACAUUCCGAGCAAUUAUGUGGCUCCGGUUGACUCUAUCCAGGCAGAAGAGUGGUACUUUGGAAAACUUGGCAGAAAAGAUGCCGAGAGGCAGCUCCUGUCCUUUGGAAACCCAAGAGGUACCUUUCUUAUCCGCGAGAGCGAAACCACCAAAGGUGCCUACUCACUUUCCAUCCGUGAUUGGGAUGAUAUGAAAGGGGACCAUGUCAAACAUUAUAAAAUUCGCAAACUUGAUAAUGGUGGAUACUAUAUCACAACCCGGGCCCAGUUUGAAAGUCUUCAGCAGCUUGUACAGCACUACUCAGAAAGAGCCGCAGGCCUCUGCUGCCGCCUAGUAGUCCCCUGUCACAAAGGGAUGCCAAGGCUUACCGAUCUGUCUGUCAAAACCAAAGAUGUCUGGGAAAUCCCUCGAGAAUCCCUGCAGUUGAUCAAGAGACUGGGAAAUGGGCAGUUUGGGGAAGUAUGGAUGGGCACCUGGAAUGGGAACACCAAAGUGGCCAUCAAGACUCUUAAGCCAGGCACAAUGUCCCCAGAGUCCUUCCUGGAGGAAGCGCAGAUCAUGAAGAAGCUGAAACACGACAAGCUGGUGCAGCUCUACGCAGUGGUGUCCGAGGAGCCCAUUUACAUCGUCACAGAAUACAUGAGUAAAGGAAGUUUGCUUGACUUCUUAAAAGACGGUGAAGGGAGAGCCCUGAAGUUGCCAAAUCUUGUCGACAUGGCUGCACAGGUUGCUGCAGGAAUGGCUUACAUCGAGCGCAUGAAUUACAUCCACAGAGAUCUGCGGUCAGCAAACAUCCUAGUGGGGAAUGGACUGAUUUGCAAGAUUGCCGACUUCGGAUUGGCCCGCUUGAUUGAAGACAACGAGUACACAGCAAGACAAGGUGCAAAGUUUCCCAUUAAGUGGACAGCCCCGGAAGCAGCCCUCUAUGGAAGGUUCACAAUCAAGUCUGACGUGUGGUCUUUUGGAAUCUUACUCACAGAGCUGGUCACCAAAGGAAGAGUACCCUACCCAGGUAUGAACAACCGAGAGGUGUUGGAGCAGGUGGAGAGAGGCUACAGGAUGCCCUGCCCACAGGACUGUCCCAUCUCCCUGCACGAGCUCAUGAUCCACUGCUGGAAAAAGGAUCCGGAAGAGCGCCCCACUUUCGAGUACCUGCAGGGUUUCCUGGAGGACUACUUCACCGCCACGGAGCCCCAGUACCAGCCCGGUGAAAACCUGUGAGAGCCUGCUCUUCAGAGACCUCUCGUCCAGGCCUCCCCACCCCUCCCCAUUAGCUUCCAGUUCCGUAGCCAGCUGCCCCUGAGCAGCAAGAACCGUCCAGGAUCAGAUUGCAUGUGACUCUGAAGCCGGAACUUCCUCGGCCCUCAUUAAUGACAUUUGUCCCCCAGUCCGAACCUCCUCUGUGAAAGCAUCCAGACAGAACCGUGUGAUUUCUCAGACUUUGGAAAUGCAUUGUAUCGAUGUUAUGUCAAAGGCCAACCUCUGUUCAGUGUAAAUAGCUGUUCCCGUGCCAACAAUCCCAUAGUGCUCUCCUUUUUUAAAAAAAAAAAUGCAAAUCCUAUGUGAUUUUAACUCUGUCUUCUCCUGAUUCAACUAAAAAAACAAAGUAUUAUUUUCCAAAAGUGGCCUCUUUGUCUAAAACAAUAAAAUUUUUUUUCAUGUUUUAACAAAAACCUA